GGCACUUCAUGGACAGAAGCGGCACGAGCGCGCAGCAGACCUGAAGUUCACCACGCAGACACACACAUCCUCGGAUGAUCCUCCUCCUCGGACGGUCACAGAUUCCUCCGAGUCGACGACACGGAAAGACUUCACACAGCACCGGGGGAGCGCUGCAGGGAAAGUGGGUGUAUGGCACCUCAGUCGUGCGUAAUGAAUCCUGCGCAGGGAUCACCGCCCUCCACCGCUCCCGGGGAGACUUCAUCAGCAGAGGAGGGAGCCGCUAACGUGGACCUGUCACCUGCGAGAAGAUGUAAAAACAGCAGUCUUGAUCUGUCCUUCGGUGUGGACUCCAUCAUUUCAGACAGACCGUCCGGCAGAAGCCUCCACUCCCCCGGGUCUGGUUCAGGCUGCGUCCGGGCGGUGGACGAGGACUCCGACUGUGCGUCUCCGAGGGAACUUUACCGGUCUAAAGCAGAGGCGGUGGAUCCCGAUGACAUGGACAAGAGGCCCUGGUGUCAGGCUUCAUACGCUUCCCCUACAAGACUCCCCAGCCCGGCCGCUUGCAAUCUCCGCAAACACAAGAACAACAGGAAACCCAGGACUCCCUUCACAACCUCCCAGCUUCUGUCUCUGGAGAGGAAGUUCCGUCAGAAACAGUACCUCUCCAUCGCGGAGAGAGCGGAGUUCUCCAACUCCCUCAGCCUCACAGAGACACAAGUCAAGAUCUGGUUUCAGAACCGCAGGGCCAAGGCCAAGAGACUGCAGGAGGCCGAGCUGGAGAAACUCAAGCUGGCCGCCAAGCCCCUGCUGCCGGCCUUCGCCUUCCCCUUCCCCCUGAACGCACCCAUGGGCGCACCGUCCCUGUACGCGGCCCUGAGCGCACCGCGGCCUGCAGUGCCUGUCCCGGGACUUUUCCGUGGACCAUAUGGGAUGUACUACUUGUCUUAA